AUGGGUCUGCCGUCCUUGACCGAACUGCAACAUAUAUCAAAGAGAUUGGAGAUUUUGGAAGCAAACUUGGAGAAGAAGGCUGCUGAGUCUGAGCAACUCUUGCAAGCAAUACAGUCUCUGAAGAAGGAAGCCAAGCGAGGAGAGACCUCUAAAGGGAAAGGCAGCAACACAACAGUCAUCACAAAAUAUCCCCCAAUUCCUAUUCUAGUGAUAGCCUGCAAUCGAGUCUCUGUUUCCAAGUGCCUUGAUGGUCUGUUCAAGUCUCGUCCAUCAGCUGAACAGUUCCCAAUUAUAGUCAGCCAGGAUUGUAUUCAUCCUGAGACAACUGCUGUCAUCAAGGGUUAUGGUGACCGAAUUACCUUCAUCCAGCAACCAGACCAGAGUGUCAUCGCAGUACCUCCAGCCCACAAGAAGUACAAGGGAUAUUACGCUAUAGCUAGGCAUUAUGGUUGGGCACUCAAUCAAACCUUUCUGCAUUUCAAUCACUCUUCUGUCAUCAUUGUUGAAGAUGACUUGGAGGUGUCAGUGGAUUUCUUUGAAUACUUUUUGGCCCUGUAUCCAUUGCUUAGAGAUGAUCCAACCCUCUACUGCAUUUCGGCCUGGAAUGACAAUGGAAAGAGAUCUGUGAUAGAUGAAUCCUCUCCUGAUCUCCUUUAUCGGACUGAAUUUUUUCCUGGCCUUGGCUGGAUGCUCACUCGCUCAUUAUGGAUGGAACUCAUGACCAAAUGGCCAACGAGUUUCUGGGACGACUGGAUCCGCAUGCCAGAGCAGAGACAAGGUCGUGCUUGCAUUCGACCCGAGAUAUCCCGGACCAGCACUUUUGGGAAGAAAGGAGUCAGCUUGGGUCAGUUCUUUGAGAAGCACUUGAAAUUCAUUGUCCUCAACUCGCAGUUUGUCCCCUUUACACAGAGAGACCUGACAUACUUGACAAAAGACAAGUAUGAUGAGCUGUUUGUGAAGCUUGUUUACCAGACCCAAGUUGUAACACAGUAUGACCUCCUUUUGGACAAGGUUACCUUCCCAGGGAGUGUCAGAAUCACAUACAACUCACGGACUAGCUUCCGCACACUUGCGCAUACCUUCAAGCUCAUGGAUGACUUCAAGUCUGGGGUCCCCCGAACAGCAUAUCGAGGGGUGGUGUCUUUCUUCUACAAGGGUCGUAGGGUGUACCUUUCUCCGCCAUCUUCCUGGAAUGGUUAUGAGAGCAUUCCUGAAAAGUGAUCUCCUUUGGGCCUAUAAAGAUGACUUGUUUUAAUUCCUGCAUCUUCUAUCUCCUAUUACCCAAGUAUCUUUUAAGGUGGAAGUGCUUGUAAAUGGAGACCAUUUCCUGUGAAACUGUGAUAAAAAAUGCAUGCAGAUGUGUUGAUUGCUGCUUUGGUUAAAAUUAGACUGAUGCCAAAGGCCAAGCAUCAAAACCAAGAGGUAUUAUCCCAGGAUGUCAUGGGCUUUGUUGUUCUAAUAUAUGUUCACUUGUUUGAAAGUUAUUGCACAGGGACAAGUGCAUUUCCUUGGAGGUGCUCUCUUUCAUUCCCUUCUGCAUCUGAUGAUCUUUUGUGUUCUUUUGCAUUGGACUUGCCUUUUGAGAGAAACCUGAUCAUUAUUCACAUGACAUGCUGGCAAGAUGCAGGUG